AUUGAACAUCACAAACUUGACGAAAAAUCAAAAUUUAGCAGAUUUUUACGUGAAAUUUUCCAUUUUUUCCAUUUUAUUGGGACUUUUAUUGAUAUCGCGUGUCGCUUAUCAAACAGGUAACUUCCAAAUUUGACAUAAUUUUGCGCGGAAAUUCGUUCAAAGUGUUCGCCUGAGGAAAUUUCUCGAAAACCCCCCCAAAAUUGACAACAUCAACAGCUGUUUUCGCGAGAAAAUCUUCAAAAAAUGCGGAAAAUCGAGUCUCGCGAUACGAGCAUCAGCAAAGCUUUGUCUUUCCUUUUGCGACAUGGAGCUUUAAAAGCAGGACUUCCGAUGCAAAGCGAUGGUUUCGUCGACGUAAAUUCAAUUUUGGGGCAUCCAGAGAUGCAAAGACGCGGCGUUCAGUUAGUUGACCUUCAACGAAUCGUCAAAAAUGACCAAAAAAAGCGAUUUACGAUGGAAGGAAAUCGCAUCCGGGCGAAUCAGGGACACUCGAUGAAGGAAGUUUCCGAUCUGGAAUUGACAAAAUUGGACAAAAUUGACUUUGAUGUCGUGCAUGGAACGUAUUUUCGGUAUUGGGAAGCCAUCCGAAGCGAAGGUUUGAAGAAGAUGCAGCGAAAUUUCAUUCAUUUUGCGAGCACAGCGGUGUUCAAAGACGCUGUCAGUGGCUUCCGGAGCGAUUCUGAGAUCUUAAUUUUCGUUGACACGACAAAAGCAAUGCAAGAUGGCAUCGAAUUUUAUCGUUCGGCGAAUGGAGUUGUACUAACUGAAGGCAAAAAUGGCAUUUUGGAGCCGAAAUACUUCCUAAAAGUCGUCGAUCGUAAACGGGGCAACACUUUGAAUGUUCUUUAAAAC